UUGAUAUACAUCUGUCUUAGAUUUGAAUGAAUACUAGUGUGAAAUAUUUUGAGUGUCGUUUUUAUAAAGGUUGAUUUAACAGGCUUAUCAUGAACAUGUCUGGAUGAUUGGUUGGGUAAUACUCAAUGUGAUGCUUUUGCUGUUGGAACUUAGACGGCAGAUUGCAUGUUACAUUAACAUGUGCUUCAAUGUGUGACAUUACUGACUAUAACAUAGGGAUCUAACAUAGAAUUUUCAAUAGCCAGUACAGAUACCUCGAAAGCGAUUUGAUAUAAUGUCAACAUUUUAUAUUAAGAGUUACGCAUAGCCAGCCGGCUGUCAUCGCAGAAUAAACCUUGACGGCGUAAUAGGGUUUUGUUUUACCCUGAAGGGGUUUAUUUUGAGGGGUUAACUGUCUAGUUUUACAUUAUCUUGCGUAUGCUUAAAUAAUCAGACAUGAAAUAUCAUUCGUUUUAAAUAUUUUAUUAACUUAUUUUUAACAAAUGCAAACCUUCUGCGAGGAGAAAACAUUUUCUAGUGGCUUUAUGGAGAGACCCGAAGUUCAAACGAGACGAAAUUAAAUCAGGAUAUUUAAGUUACUUAAAUAAAAAUGCCUUCGUAAAAAACAUUACCGAUGGCACUGAUAUUUGAAGAACUAAUUUUCAUUUAAGAUAGCUCAAAAUUUCUUUUUAGUCUGGGUCUAGCUUUAAGACUUCUCCAUUAAACCGGGCAAUAAUGAAAUAUAAUUUGUAAAUUUAAAAAUGUAAAUUAUUCAUAAGUUUUGAACUGUACCCGUCAAGAUAACUUGUAGUGUCUGGAUAAGUGUUAUCAGUUUGGUGUUGUUAUCAGGGAAUAACAUACUUUAGACUGUUACAACUGACCAAUCAGAAUUAAGAAUUUCAGAGAGCUGUUAAAUAGAUAUAUUUAUAAGGUAUUUUUAUCAAUAAUGCGUUUUGAUUAAUGCAAAUAAGUCGUGCAUGAAAAAACGAACACUUGUUUUACAUGAACACAGAUGAAAACAAAAUGUGCAUAAUCAAUUGAAAAAUCUUGUGAAACUGACACUUCUGUUUAUUUGCUGAUAUAUUAUCUCAGAAAAUGCAGACAUCAGGUGAUACACCAGUCAAUCACUAGUAUAGAAUGAGGUUUGACUUUUGUCUAAAGAUCUGUAAAGCAUUAUACUGCUGUAGAAAAAAAUGCAGAGACCAUUUCAGAGACAGUUUUUCAGAUUUUAAAAUGUACUAUUUAUAGUUAUGUGUUCAGGUAAAAUGAUCAUUUUUGUUUAGUUCUGUGAACUACAAACAAUAUUUUUUACCAAAUUUCAAAUAAAAAUGUAGUUUCUAACUGCAUUUAUUUGCAGAAAAUGAAAACUGGAGAAACAGGUAAAAUUAACAGAUAAGAUCAUCUGUAUUUUUUCAGAUGUAUUUGUUGCAAAGAAAACAAGUUUGUAUUCACUUUUAAGCAACACAACAGUCACAUUUCUUCAUGUAUUUAGGAAAAGUCCCCAAAAUAUUUUUACGUGAUAACCUGGAUUUUAUGACAGUUUUCAUGUGUCGUGAGUCUUUCAAAUUGCUGAUGGAUGACUUUGUCACUCCUGAGGUUUGAUUUUAUUAAAACACAAACACUGGACUAGAAUCCCCACGAUACAUCUAGAAAAGCUAAUUUGAAAUGAAAAUUUGGAAUGGUUCAUUUUUUCAGCGGCUCAAACUGUGUAUCCCUGCUGAAACUUUGUUGGAAUUGCUGGAUGCAGUACAUGCUUCCAUUGGAUGACCCACUUUCCCUCUGUCACAUCCGCUCACGCUCGUAUUCAUAUUGCCUUAUACACAUAUGGCGUCGGCGACUGUAUGAGUCACGCUGUCCUCAAACUGACAGAGGAGAGGAAUACAAAUGGGCAGAGAGAUAUCGUGCUUGUUAAGGUGUGAGGCAGUGAUGACGAGCUUGGAGAAGCGAUGCUGAGAUCUGCAAGCGUGGAAGCUUGUGGAUUAACCCAUUGAAUGCUCCUACAGUGGGUGGGAGGGGGGCGAGAGAGAUUGCUGGGGAUUUUGUUGGAGAGAGAGAUGGGAGCUUAUUCUGUCAUGUGCUGUUAGAGGCAAUAGAAAGUGUGAGAAAAGAGAUGCAGGAGAAAAAGGACCCGCAGCCCAAAUCUGCCAGCAGCCCGGGAAAGGCUCAUCCUGCCCUGAAGGCCUUCAUGUGCGGCUCUCUCAGCGGCACCUGCUCCACUCUGCUGUUCCAGCCUCUGGAUCUGGUGAAGACAAGACUUCAGACCCUCCAGAACAAUAUGCAUCCCGGGGCUCCUAAAGUCGGGAUGAUGACAGUAUUUUUUAACGUGAUCCGCACAGAGAAGCUGCUCGGCCUGUGGAAGGGGGUUUCACCGUCGUUUAUGCGCUGUAUUCCUGGCGUAGGGAUCUACUUCAGCACAUUUUACUCGCUGAAGCAGCAUUUCUUCCUGGAUGGGUCUCCAAAUGCAGGGGAGGCGGUGUUGCUCGGGGCGGGGGCUCGAUGCGUGGCAGGUGUGGCCAUGCUGCCCAUCACAGUCAUUAAAACUCGUUUUGAGAGUGGGCGAUACAACUAUGCAAGUGUAGCUGGAGCCCUCAAAAGUGUGUGUCAGAAAGAGGGUCCGAGGGCUUUGUAUUCUGGGCUCACGGCGACCCUGCUCAGAGACGCCCCAUUCUCUGGGAUAUAUGUCAUGUUCUACAGUCAGGCCAAAAAAAGCUUACCACAGGAGAUCAGCUCGUCAUCUUUUGUCCCCCUGGUUAAUUUCGGCUGUGGUGUGGUUGCUGGUAUUUUGGCCUCUCUGGCCACUCAGCCAGCAGACGUGAUAAAAACUCACAUGCAAGUAAACCCAGCACUGUAUCCCAGGACCAGCGAUGCUGUACGCUUCGUUUAUGCUCAUGGGUUGAAUGGGUUUUUUCGUGGAGCUGUUCCUCGUUCUGUCAGGAGAACCCUCAUGGCUGCGAUGGCCUGGACGGUGUAUGAGCAGCUGAUGGCUCGCAUGGACCUGAAGUCUUAAAGAUGCCUGGCAGACACGCUUUAUCUGUUGACUUUCGUACCGUGUGUGAUAGUUACAGAGUGUGUUUGACCUGAUCAGACGAUGACAGACCAAUUUAAUAGAACGAAAGCAGCUAGCGCUGGCUAAGCUAUCAACGACGGAAGGGUCGCUUGUACGUGUGCGAUUGUCCUUUUAUGUUUGUAUUUUGUAAGUGAGUGAUCUUGUGAGACCUCUGACAGUGACAUUCCUAAAUCGCUGUGGAGUUUGUCAGCCUUAGACUGUUGACGUCUGCAAAUUCAAACAGAUGUCAGCACUGAAACACACCAAUGAGAGACAGAGCGCUCACAGCCAACACGAGAAAAUCCUCCGUUUGGCAACCGACCAAUGAACUCUUAGUGGCCAUUUUGCCAACAAAGACUUUCUGGGCCCCGGUGUUCUGAGACCGUUCUCGAGCCCCGUCUCCUCAGUUUAAAAUCCUAGUCUUGGAGGAGUCUUAAUGUUUUUAUAAAGCUCCAGCGCUCAGACAAUCAGACUGACUUACCCCAGGGCUGGGAAACUGAACUAAAACCACACGACUCACUCACAGACCCCAAUAUACUGACUGAUAUUUGUGCGUCUCAAUGCGAUGAUUUGUGUCGUGCUGCUGAUCUUUUGUGCUGAUGUUAGGAGAGACUGCUGGGAUUCAUCAGUUGGCUAUAUUUACAAACAAUGAACACUGAAACUGGAAAUUGCCUGAAAUGAACAAGAGGUUCCUGGGUACAGAUGGCAUUGAUUGAACAGGAAAUUUCUUCUUUGUUGUUUUAAAAAAAGAUGAUCAAAAAAUGCUAUAGUUCUGGUGUGAAGGUGAAGUAUGUUUACAAGUAUCAGUCAGAAAAUACUACAAUUUUAUUUUACUCUAUUUGCCAGUGUGCUGUCAGUCUGUUUUUGAUUGACGUUGUUUUGUGUAAAACGUGCUGUAAGACACCAUCAUGUCAUCAGUGGUGGUCAGUGUCUACAUGACAGUGUAGUGUGCUGUUGUCUCAUGAUACCUAAAAAAAUAUGUCCAGUCAUAUUUAACCCCCAAACAAAAAACGCUGUUCGGAUUUUCACAUUGUGACAUAAAAAUACUUUAUCGCAGUCUUUAUUUAGCAAACAUCUCAGUGCAUCAUUAUAACAAUUUGGAGAGAAAUGUUUUUAAAUGUUAAUUUAACAUUGCAAGAAAUCCUAUCAGUCAUUCAAAAUGAGUUGUCUUCAUGCGGAUGUGUGAUUCCUUUUAUUCGUAUUUGAUUUUUAAAUGUGACAUGAACGUGUUUUAAUGAAAUUCACCUUUGGGGUUUAUCAGGUAUUCAAUGUUUUGUCUUUGUGAUGGUAUUUUGCCUACUAACACUUGUGCACAACAAUGUGCUUGAUGUGUGAGUUUACAUUAACAAUGCACAAAUAAAUUUGGAGGGUUCAUGUCAUGUUAUGUCAAGUGUAAGGUCGAGCAUUUAAAUUGAGAAAGUUGACUGAAGUCAUGAAAAUGUCAAGAGGUAAAAUCAGUGUAGUAAUUCAAUUUUUAUUUUAUUCAUGUGAUUAACUAAAUUUUCUAUCCUGACACUACAGGCUUAACCAUUGAAAAAUAAAAUUGUUGAAUGUCGACGAUGUGUAGAUGAGUGUGAAAAACAGUUGGAGUUAAAUAAUACCAACCAGUUUAUGUCCGUUUUGAAAUAAGUACAUUUGGAUCACACUACAUGGAUCUCCACCUCAUAGUUUGUGAAAGCACUUUGAAAUCUGUGAAGUUAACUUCUUUCGAACUGAAGCUGGUAUGUGUGUGAGUGUUGGUCAAACUAUAUGCAAGCCAUUAUGCUUUGUGCUGUACUGUGAAGAUAUUUUGCCUUCACACAGUCAGUAUUUUAUUUUCAGCAUUUCUUAUUGCCAUUAUUGUUGGUAUUUGGUUUGUGUUGAAAUGCAAAUGUUGUGCUUUUGUAAAUAUACAAAUACAAUUGUCCCAUUUUAUAAAUAAAUGUUAUAAGGUUUAAUGCA